AUGAAUUUUACAAAACUCAACGACUCUCCCAUGUUUCGCCAACAGCUUCAGGGUUUGGAAGAAAACGCAGAAUCUUUACGCUCAAGAUGUUGGAAGUUUUUCAAAGGAUGUCGAAAGUACACGGAAGGGCUUGGAGAAGCAUAUGAUGGAGACAUUGCUUUUGCAACUGCACUUGAAAAUUUUGGAGGAGGGCAGAGUGAUCCUCUAUUUGUAACUUUGGGAGGACCUGUAAUGACCAAAUUCUCUAUUGCUUUGAGAGAAAUCAGUACACACAAGGAACUUCUCCGGUCACAGGUGGAGCAUAUGCUGAAUGACCGGUUACUGAACAUCCUAAAUGUCGAAAUCAUUGAUGUCAAGGAAGCUCGGAGGCGUUUUGAUAAAGCUUCCCUUGUAUAUGAUCAGGCACGCGAGAAGUUUAUGUCAUUGAGAAAAAGCACCAAGUUUGAUGUUGCCGCUGUCAUAGAAGAGGAACUGCACAAUGCAAGAACAAUAUUUGAGGAAGCUCGUUUCAAUCUGGUUGGUGCUCUUCAUAAUAUUGAGGCCAAGAAGAGAUUUGAGUUUUUGGAGGCUGUCACUGGAGUUAUGGACGCUCAUCUUCGAUACUUUCAACAGGGAUAUCAGCAGUUGCAGGAGCUGGAGCCUUUCAUUAUUGAGGUUUUGGCUUAUGCACAAAAAGCAAGAGAAAGUUACAACGAGGAGCAGAUUUCUCUUUGCGAAAGAAUGGUAGAAUACAAAAAACUAAGUUAUCAAGAAAGUAGGUUCUCUUUAAAUGGCCCUUAUGGUUCACCGAGUGGAGAAGGUGCGCAAAUGCAUCCUUUUUCUAGGAUAUCAAACAGUGUUGUAGAUGUAGUAGCUGAAUCAGCUGCAAGUGGAAAGGUGCUAGUCAUUCGACAAGGGUAUCUUUCAAAACGUUCCUCCAAUUUGAGGGGUGACUGGAAGAGAAGGUUUUUUGUUCUUGAUACUCGUGGAAUGCUUUACUACUAUCGUAAAUCAUUACAAGCAAAUAGUACCAAUCAGCAAUCUUCACAGAGGAAUUGUGCCACUGAAAACAGUGCUGGCAUUCUCAGUAAGUUGCUUUCUUCACAAUACCAUGGAGUUAUUCCUGAUGAAAAAUCGGUAGCACGCCACACCGUGAACCUGCUGACAUCAACAAUCAAGAUCGACGCUGAGCAAUCAGAUUUAAGAUUCUGCUUCAGGAUUAUUUCACCCUCAAAAAUGUAUACUUUACAGGCAGAAAAUGCCCUUGACCAGAUGGAUUGGAUGGAAAAGAUAAAUGGUGUCAUUGCCUCGUUGUUGUCUGUACAGACACUAGGUGGAAAGGCUAUCUCAGCUGACUCAGAAAGCGCUGAAAGUGACUCUUCCAGUAACGUCGACUCAUUACAAAGUUUACUAGAGUACGAUCAAUUAGUGAGUGGGGAGUUUGCAUCCAAGAACUCCGUCACUAAUAAAUCAUCUGAAGACAUACAGAAGAAUAGGCCGAGUGUAAAAAUUGAACAGCCAAUUGAUAUACUAAGAAAGGUUAGCGGUAAUGACAAAUGUGCUGAUUGUGGUAAACCUGAACCAGACUGGGCAUCCUUAAACCUUGGCAUCCUUGUAUGCAUUGAAUGUUCUGGUGUUCACCGUAAUCUUGGUGUACAUAAAUCAAAAGUAAGAUCACUGAAACUUGAUGUCAAAGUGUGGGAUUCGUCCGUCUUAACUAUGUUUCAGUCACUGGGAAAUCUCUUUGCGAACUCGGUUUGGGAGGAGCUUUUGCACAAAACAAGUAAUCCACAAACUGAUGAAACUCCAUAUGGGUGUUCACCCAGAGCUACUAAAAACAAGUUAUGUCAUAUAAAAAAACCAGAACAUGAUGGUCCUAUUUCACUUAAGGAGAAAUUCAUUCAUGCAAAGUAUUCUGAGAAAGUCUUUGUGCGACGGAUGCCAAAAAGCCAUCAUCUUCUUUCAGUGGCGCAACAAGUUCUGGAAUGCAUCUAUGCCAACGACAAAAAAGCAGUGUACCGAUAUAUCGUCAAGUCAGACGUGGACAUCAAUUCUGCUAGUGGAGAAGCAUUAUCCAGCUUUUUUUCCAACAUGUCUUCAUCAAUUGAUUCGAACUCGUCUUCUACAAGUAAAGUUCAGCUAAUGGAGGACAUACAAGAGGGUUCUAGUGUGCUUCACUUGGCUUGUCUAACAAGCGAUGCUGGAAUGAUAGAGCUGCUAUUACAGUAUGGAGCGGAUAUAAAUGCUAUCGAUUCAAGAGGCAGGACACCGCUGCAUUACUGCAUUUUGCGAGGGAAGAACGCAGCUGCAAAACUGCUUAUUACAAGGGGUGCCAAUCCACUUACCGUAGAUAAAGAAGGCAACACUCCUCUUAAGCUUGCACCAGAAUCCGGCACCAUUGGAAAAGACAUUCUUGCACUCUUAACAACAAGCAGAUAA